UAGCGCCAGGGCUGAGGCUGUGGAUUGUGGGAGAAUUCGGACAACAGCCAUUUUCGGGUAGUGACUGUCAUCCUUGGAACACACUUCUAAAACUGUGAGAGAACGUACCAGUCCCACACUAUCUGGAUAGAACGAUGCCGACUCACAGCAAAUAGUGUUCCUGUAUUUUGAGCGCUGCUCCGGUUCAAGUUGCGGAAGACGAGGACGUUGACUAGGCUAAUUCGUGGCAGGCUCGAAUUCAUUAGCUAGCCAUCCAGCAACGCUAGCAUAAUUGGUUACAAUGUAUUGCUUGGAAUUUGCUAGUUUUUAGACGGCAGCGACUUUAUACAACGGGAUUAAAGCCAGUGGUGUUUCGUGGGCUAUUUUUAUAGCGCAACAGGCCGAGUAACGUGUCAUCAGGAUUUAACCGGCGGGCGGACUGGGGAGAGAGAGAAGUGUGUGUGAACUCAGGUUAUGUCCACCAUGGUGUACCCACGCAGCGAGGAGGCCCUGGAGCGCCUGACCCAGGAUGAGAUCGUGCUCAACACAAAGACUGUGAUGCAGGGACUGGAGACACUCAGAGGGGAGCAUGCCCAGCUCCUCACGUCCCUGCUGGACUGCACCCAGCCACCUGCUGCCCAGGAGAAGUCAGGCCUGCUGCGGAAGAGCCUGGAGGCCAUAGAAUUAGGCCUGGGAGAGGCACAGGUGAUCAUUGCCCUGUCGGGUCACCUGAGUGCUGUGGAGUCAGAGAAACAGAAGCUAAGAGCCCAGGUCAGACGACUGUGUCAGGAGAACCAGUGGUUAAGAGAUGAGCUAGCAGGAACACAGCACAAGCUGCAGCGUAGUGAGCAGAGUGUUGCCCAGCUGGAGGAGGAGAAGAAGCACCUGGAGUUCAUGAACCAGAUCAAGAAGUUUGACGACGACGUGUCACAGUCUGAGGAGAAGGCUGCAGGGGAGACGUCUAAAGACAGCCUGGACGACCUGUUCCCCAACGAUGAGGACCAGGGACAGGCCCAGCCCAGCGGAGAGGUGGCGGCCCAGCAGGGUGGCUAUGAGAUCCCGGCCCGCCUGAGGACCCUCCACAACCUGGUGAUCCAGUACGCCUCCCAGGGGAGGUACGAGGUGGCCGUACCCCUCUGCAAACAGGCCCUGGAGGACCUGGAGAAGACCUCCGGACACGACCACCCUGACGUGGCCACCAUGCUCAACAUCCUGGCUCUGGUCUACAGGGACCAGAACAAGUACAAAGAGGCAGCCCACCUGCUGAAUGAUGCCCUGGCCAUCAGAGAGAAGACCCUGGGGAAGGACCACCCUGCGGUAGCCGCCACUCUCAACAACCUGGCUGUACUCUACGGGAAGAGGGGCAAGUACAAGGAGGCUGAGCCCCUCUGUAAGAGAGCCCUGGAGAUCAGAGAGAAGGUCCUGGGGAAGUACCACCCUGAUGUGGCCAAGCAGCUGAACAACCUGGCCCUGCUGUGUCAGAACCAGGGAAAGUACGAGGAGGUGGAGUAUUAUUACAGACAAGCCCUGGAGAUCUACCAGUCCAAACUGGGGGCUGACGACCCCAACGUAGCCAAGACCAAGAACAACCUGGCUACAUGCUACCUCAAACAGGGGAAGUUCAAGGAUGCUGAGUCUCUGUACAAAGAGAUCCUAACCAGAGCACAUGAGAAGGAGUUUGGAUCAGUCAACAAUGACAACAAGCCAAUCUGGAUGCAUGCGGAGGAGAGAGAGGAGAGCAAGGGGAAGAGGAAGGAAGCUAGUCCCUGUGUAGAGUAUGGGAGCUGGUACAAGGCCUGCAAAGUUGACAGUCCUACUGUCAAUACCACCCUGAAGAGCCUGGGGGCGCUGUAUCGCAGACAGGGUAAAUUACAGGCAGCUGAGACACUGGAGGAGUGUUCUACCAAGACACGCAAGCAGGGUAUAGAUGCCAUUAACCAGAGUAAGGUGGUGGAGCUCCUGAAGGAUGGGGCCCCAGGAGGGGGUGAGCGACGGCAGAGCCGGGAGGGUCUCAACGGGCCCCAGCGGGGGGACUGUGAGGGGGACGACGGAGCAGAGUGGAACGGGGAAGGUAACGGUUCGUUGCGUCGGAGCGGCUCCUUUGGGAAGAUCCGUGAAGCGCUGCGCAGGAGCAGUGAGAUGCUGGUGAAGAAACUACAGGGCAGUGGCCCCCAGGAGCCCCGCAACCCAGGUAUGAAGAGAGCCAGCUCCCUCAACUUCCUCAACAAGAGUGCAGAAGACCCCUCACAGGAUGCCAACACCGGUCUAUCAGAAUGCAGAGGACUGAGUGCCAGCAAUGUGGACUUGUCAAGACGCAGCUCCCUGAUUGGUUAAACAGAGACAGAAGGCGGGACCAGGAGGAGGAAGGUACAUUGACGGGACCAGGAGGAGGAAAGCCCAAUGAGGAGAGGCAGUUUUCCUCCCAAAGCGAUUAAAACACACUUCAGAUCCAACACUCGCAUUCAAGACAUAUUUUCUAAAGAAACAAGAAAAAGCAUUGCAAAAAAACCUGACUUGACGCUUUUAGUGACUCGGAUGUCUCUGUGUCUGCUUCACUGUAUACUUCGCUGGCAUCUAUCAAACAAGUACAGAAAAUCAUAUUUAAACGGCAUGCUGCUUACUAGAACGUGGAAUGUUUGCACUAGACACUCAUCAUGGUGAGUCUGAGGCAUAUCAUCAUGACAGAAUCCAUAUUGUUCUAUUCUGAUUUAUAUCAUAUUGUUCUAUUCUGAUUUCUAUCUUAACCCGCACACUCUCAUGCAGACAUUCAACCUUAGGUAGGCUAGUUCUAUUAUGAUUUCUAUCUUAACCCGCACACUCUCAUGUAGACACUCAACCUUAGGUAGGCUAGUUCUAUUCUGAUUUCUAUCUUAACCCGCACACUCUCAUGCAGACACUCAACCUUAGGUAGGCUAGUUCUAUUCUGAUUUCUAUCUUAACCCGCACACUCUCAUGCAGACACUCAACCUUAGGUAGGCUAGUUCUAUUAUGAUUUCUAUCUUAACCCGCACACUCUCAUGUAGACACUCAACCUUAGGUAGGCUAGUUCUAUUAUGAUUUCUAUCUUAACCCGCACAGUCUCAUGCAGACACUCAACCUUAGGUAGGCUAGUUCUAUUCUGAUUUCUAUCUUAACCCGCACACUCUCAUGCAGACACUCAACCUUAGGUAGGCUAGUUCUAUUCUGAUUUCUAUCUUAACCCGCACAGUCUCAUGCAGACACUCAACCUUAGGUAGGCUAGUUCUAUUCUGAUUUCUAUCUUAGAGAAGUGUAACCGACGUCAGUGUGCCGCUAACGGUUUAGCUUCCUCCACCGUCCCUGUCUCCAUCACGGGCUCGAACCAGUGAUCCUCUGCUUCGCAACACAUGUGACUGCCCUCCAUGACAACGUGUGAACACGAUUGAGCUAUACAAAAGGUACCAAUUGGUUAGCUCCAUCGGCGACAUUUCAAGCUAGCUGCAGAGCAUUACGGUACAUUCUUAACUCUGUUACAGAAACGUCACACUCAGCUCACUAGUGGCGUGAUUACUGAAAACGCUAACAACCCAUUCAAUGGAAAUCACAGUGCUAGAGCCAUAUAAAUCAUAUACGUUUUUAAGACGAGGUAUGAACUACAGCUGUUAGAAACUUCAGCGAGGUAAAAGACAGAUGGUACACAAUCUUUUUGGGAUGUCAAAUAAAUCGGUGUAUUUAAACAUCAUCUGGGAGAAAAAAACGGCACUGACCAGUUUAACCACUCCUUUUUGCUGUCUGAAUGGUUAUGUAUAUACAGGUUUAAGUUAUUUUCUAUUUCUUUCUUUGUAUAUAGCGCACAGACAGGUUCUUGUUUAAACUGGUUAGAGGUUAGGAGAACCUCUGAUUUGGAGACAGACGCUGGAAGAGGACAGUCAGAAAAGAGUGAAGAGAGAAACGGGGAGAAUAUCGGCACUUAAUGGGUGUCCUGACUUCUUGUCCAAUUUUCACUUAGUCUCCCACUGACAUCAAGUGAAAAUUUGACAAAAUGGAGGUUAGAAUUUCCCUCUGAAUCUAUAGCCUGAUCUGGUCAGAUAUGUUUGUGCUCUAAUCAACUACUGUUCCGUUCGUUGCCUUGUCAGACAAUUAUGAACGUGACAGAUAAGAGUUGGCUAAAGGUCAAACAUAUUAGAGACCAGGUUCGUAUUCAUUAGGCACUAAACAGAAGAAAACGGACUGAAACAGGGACGAACUACCUGGAUUUUUACAAUAAGAAACACUAGUUUUCAUUUUCUGUUGCAAAAAAACGUUUCGUACGGUGUGCACUAAUGAAUGGCGAGACCAGGCUAACUUAGUUCAUCUCAGACCUGGGAAAUGGACUGGAAAUGCUGACGUGACAAGCAGCACCAGUGUAUCUCAGUCAGUGUGCAGCCUGUUAGCAAGGCGUGGUACAAAUGCCUGUUUCGCUCCACCACUGAAGUCCCAUUUCUCUAAAGUGAUCAGGUGGUGUUGAUACUGAAAAACACAUUAUUAGCCUGACUGAUGCUGUGGAGGUGAAUGUGCUCCUAUGUUGAGCGUUGGUUUUAGCAAAUGCAUGGUCACAUGUCUACCACAGCACAACGUUUCUCCCCCAAUCAAGUAUAAUUAGAUCUCUACAUAGUUGUAAUGCCCUCUUAUUAGUUAAAAUGUUACAAUACAGUGCAUCUGUUUCUGUAAGAGGUAAGCAUUAGGCAUCCCGUAUGUACUCUAUCAUGGCCUCUAUUUCUAGUAGCGGCAGUUAUCUGUCCUUGGUUGGCCUUUACUGAGUAAUGAGAGCAUGAUAUGUCCUUAUCUUUUUAUAUAAACAAUGAUCCUUUAUUAUGACUUGUUGUCUGGAAAGAAUCCGAUUGGUUUACAGAAAACUUCUCUGAUCUAACCAAUGACAGUCCUUCACCAAAUGUUCUCAUCAUUUAUGUCUUAUUCUUGUCUGUGAUUGGCUCCAACCUCAAGUGACGAUGUGCGGGGUAUUGUUGUUGAACUCUGAAUGAUGAUUUGAAUGUUGGGUUUUACUUUGAUGAGGGGCGGGGCGGGGAGGGAAGAGGUUGACCGUGUACUGUGUUGUGUUGGCUCUUUUUAAGUGUCUGGUUUGUGAGUUAGGAGUCCCAAGACUGAUGCCAAGAGACUUGGCCAACAGAAUGUAUAUUAGUAUAUUUCUUUGAGAAGGAGAGUGGUCCUAAUGAGUUUCACCUCCUGAUUGUGUUGCUAGUGCAAUGUAAAGUGGGGAUUGGAUGGAUUAUUGAUUUUUACUGGGGAAACCGAUUAAACGAAAGCUUAAGUAUGUGACAAAUACAGGCUAGAAGGGCUGAGGAGGAGAACACUGAUGAUGAAUGAUAACGGGGGAAAUAGAAAUAUGAAGUGCUGUUCGGUGAGAAAAGCGAGAGAUUCAGUGAUUGAAAAGAAAUAGAAAAUGGAACAUUGGCGAGAGGAAUAUGGAAAAGUGCUUUAACUUUCAUUGCAGCAAAUAAUGUACAGAAUUGUCGAUCUCUGUCACACUCAACAUGUGCAAGCACCCAUGUUGUGUAGCUAUGUAAAAGUCUGUUGAAACACUGGACUGUAGUCUGUAGAUCUCUGUAGAUGCUGUAUUUACACACCAACAAAUGUUUCAAAGAACACACCUAAACAGUGCUCCUCCUACAAAUGUAUACCACAUGUUCAUGUAGAAGUAACAACACCCUCCUCACCAUCUGUGAAUCAGUGUGUCACUAUGGAAACUAGAAUGUAGCCAUGGAGGGAGGAGUGGGGGGGAUAUCAAUGUUAGUGGCCAACAGCCUUGUGUAUAUUUUAUUAAAGGUUCAAUAAAGGAAAAACUCCACUUUUCAAACUGA